CCCUUAUCAGCCCUCAAGCACUGUCGCAUAUUCUCAACGUGACCAAAGGAACGCUAGCUUAUGGUCUGCAGAGCAAGAAAGUUCAUGUCGAUGUCUUAAGUCUGUACUUCGGAUUCUUGCAAACAAGGACCUUCAAAGCGACGUGUAACAGAGUCGCCAAGGAAGCGAGAGCUGAGGCAACGGCUACGACAACUACCAGCGCAUCAGCGGCUUCCAUUCUAACAGAAACGACGACCUUUCUCGCAGUGCCCACAGCCCCCGUAGUCUCCACAGCCUCAGCAGCGCAAGACGCGCCUUCUGCUGCAGACGCCAGCACUAGCAGGAGAAGCGGCAUCAAGAAGCGCGCCCUGAGUUUCUCCGAGGCUCCAUCCAAGCGAGGAAAGGCACGCCCUAGUUAUGCGAGCGAGGUACAGGCUGCCGGAGUGCAACAUCCUGCAUUGUCCAUUGGCCCUAAUGGACGAUUGACACCAGACCGACCUGGAACAACAGAGCAGUCACAGAACUACGGUCACAUAGCGCAUGAUCUCAACAAAAUCAUGUCAAAGCACUUUAGCAAAUCGACAACAGUUUUACACUUUGACGGAAAGGCCUCGAUACAAAAGUCUCAAGAGCGACAAGAUCGGGCCAUAUCCCUCAGCAACCGGAUCAAGGCUCUGGAAGUGCGAGUUGACAACGCCAUAGGAAAAAACAGCGGCUCUUUGGACCCCCUGUACAAGCAAUGUCGAAACUCGUACAAGACAUCCAAGGCAGCGCUGGCAGACAUAAGAAAUGUGCUGGAGACCUUGGAGUGGCACAUCUGCGAAUGUCCCUUCCAAGCAGACACGCACAUUGCUGAGUUGUGUCAAGCUGAUAACAACAAAGACGACCUCGCAAUCAUUACCGCCGACAGUGAUAUGAAGGUAUAUCAAGGUGUUAGAGAAAUCACUAUACCCGUCGGAAAGUACCGAGAGCUUACCACGUACAAGAAGGCUGACCUGCUCGAGUCUCUGGACCUCGCAUGCGACCGUGAGCUGUUGCUAGUAUCAAUCGUUACUAAGAAUGACUACUCCAAGGCACUCCCGUGGCACGGCUUCCAAAGAAACACCAAGAUCAUCCGAGAGAUGAGAACCGAGACCGGAGCAGGCGAUGGAUCGACCAUGGACGCGCCAGGAUCCAAGACGACUGAGGCUGAGGUUAUCAAGGAGCUGAUCCAAGAGUAUUUGCAACGGGCGAGAGGAGGACAAAAAAAGGGUGUGGACGACUACACUCACGCCAUUUCGGCUUUCGUUCAAGUGCGUGAAGACUAUCUUAACUCCGCUACGCCAUCGUGCACGACCCAUGAGAGAAUACUGGGCGUACUCCAGAAGCUCGCGAAGUGCAAGCUGCAAAGGAGAAAUAUGACUCGAGCCUCGCGGACAAAUCCUCCAGCCGAUACACUCACCAUCGACACUUCUGCAGGCUUGGCGUUUUCUUCCCCUGUCCAGCACAGCCUGCAGACGCCUGGACAGCAGAUAAUUCUUCAAACCCAACGCCGUCGCCGCAGACACGAGAAAGGGAACGCCCAGCAACGGAGAAAGCGACGCCCCAAAGGCAAAGUAAGACGUAAGAAAGUCCGGGAGGCAAAAUGGAGACGAAGCAGGUAUGAUUGUCGUAUGACUUUGUUAGCGAGUUCAAAUUCAUUACGACCUUUUACAGCUUUGUCGCUUUGGUACAAUCAUCUUAUUGAUAUUUUUUUUUAAGUACAAGAGCAGGAACGGAGAUGCCAACCCUCGUUAUUCCCCUCAUGUUGUCAUGGACGUCAGCCAGUCAUGCCCGGCCGACAAGAUCACAUUGGAAAAGAUGUCCAUCGAGGAACCGCGCCUGCGGAAGAAGAAGGACGGAAGCAUGGAUGAUAAUCCUAAGGCCAGGAGUGAAAUCAAGGCGAAACCCAAGAAGGACGAGGAAAAUGAUAAAACGGAGAGGCGAGCCGGAGCUAACCUGACUAAGCGCCUGUUCGGAGAGGCUUUCAAGACUGCCACAAUGACUGCAGGGUCGAUCACAGGAUGCCUGCAUCGCGCCACGAAGCUGAACGUAGUCCAGACCAAGAUCGUCGCGGAACGCAUCAGCGAGACGGCCCGCAUCAUGAGCCAAACUCGUAUCCUCGUGUUUAAAGCGCUCGAACUUUUUCUCUACAAGGAGGUC